GACCAAGCAUUUUACCAGUAGUUAUAUUUUAAAGUUAGUCCCAGUUUUAUCAACUAUUUUCUGCCAUGGACGAAGAAGAUACCCCCGCUAUUGUUGUAGACAAUGGAUCAGGAAUGUGCAAAGCUGGAUUCGCUGGUGAUGAUGCUCCUCGAGCUGUCUUCCCCUCGAUCGUAGGACGACCCAGGCAUCAAGGUGUCAUGGUCGGUAUGGGACAGAAGGACUCCUACGUCGGAGAUGAGGCUCAGAGCAAAAGAGGUAUCCUCACCCUGAAGUACCCCAUCGAGCACGGUAUCGUUACCAACUGGGAUGAUAUGGAGAAGAUCUGGCAUCACACCUUCUACAACGAGCUGAGAGUUGCCCCCGAGGAACACCCCGUCCUUUUGACUGAGGCUCCCCUCAACCCCAAGGCCAACAGAGAGAAGAUGACCCAAAUCAUGUUCGAGACCUUCAACUGCCCUGCUAUGUACGUCGCUAUCCAGGCUGUCCUGUCCCUGUACGCUUCCGGCCGAACCACUGGUAUCGUCCUGGAUUCUGGAGAUGGUGUUUCUCACACUGUGCCCAUCUAUGAAGGUUAUGCCCUCCCCCACGCCAUAAUCCGUCUCGACCUUGCUGGACGUGAUCUGACUGACUACCUUAUGAAGAUCCUGACCGAGAGAGGAUACUCUUUCACCACCACCGCUGAAAGGGAAAUCGUCAGGGACAUCAAGGAGAAACUCUGCUACGUUGCCCUGGACUUCGAACAAGAAAUGGCAACCGCUGCCAGUUCCAGCUCCCUCGAGAAAUCCUACGAGCUUCCUGAUGGACAGGUCAUCACUGUGGGUAACGAGAGAUUCAGGUGCCCAGAAGCUCUCUUCCAACCCGCAUUCUUGGUAAGAGACUCCGCUGGAAUCCACGAAACAACUUACAACUCAAUCAUGAAGUGCGAUGUUGACAUCAGGAAGGACCUGUACGCCAACACCGUGCUCUCCGGAGGAACCACCAUGUACCCCGGUAUCGCUGACAGGAUGCAGAAAGAGAUCACCUCCUUGGCUCCACCCACCAUGAAGAUCAAGAUCAUUGCUCCUCCAGAGAGGAAAUACUCCGUAUGGAUUGGAGGAUCUAUCUUGGCUUCUCUGUCUACCUUCCAACAGAUGUGGAUAACAAAACAAGAGUACGAUGAGUCCGGUCCAUCUAUCGUCCACAGAAAAUGCUUCUAGAUAAACAGAAAAUCCUUAUCAAGCGAAG